AUGGCGCUGCGACUUCAUCAGCGGGUGAACGAGUCGCGGACGUUCACGAGACGGUCCAGUCCGUUGCAGCGCUGGCUCAGCGUGCAGAAGCAACGUGCGGUGGAAAGCGGUGUGAAGGCUACACAAAAGUACUUGAAUGAACCGAGUCUGCGUGUGCGUAUUGUGCCCCUGCUGGACGAUAAUUACGGUUACAUCGUGGUGGAUGAAGCGAACCACACGAUGUUUGCAGUGGACCCAGCUGAACCCAGCAAGAUCUUGCCGAUAUUGCGAGAGGAAGAAAAGGCUCGAAACCGCCAGUUCCUCGGUAUCUUGACAACGCACAAACACGCGGAUCAUGCUGGAGGUAAUCACGAGAUGGCGAAACGGUAUCCAGGUGUGAUGGUUGUUGGACCCAAACAUGAACCGAUUCCAGCUCGAAAUCGCUCGGUGAGUGGUGGCGAAACGUUCAAGAUUGGUGCUGCUCAAGUGGAGGUGCUGGAUGUAGCGUGUCAUACGAAAGCGCACGUGGCGUACGUUGUUACUGGCGACAACGAGACGCCGCCGUUGCUGUUUCCAGGGGACACGCUGUUUGUCGGCGGCUGUGGAAGGUUCUUUGAAGGAACGGCUGCGGACAUGUACAAGGCUUUGUAUGACGUGAUUCUCAAGCUACCACUGGAUACCAAAGUGUACUGCGGUCACGAGUACACCAUGUCGAAUCUGCGCUUCGCCCUUAGCAUCGAUCCGUCGAAUCAAGCUCUGCGUGACAAGAUUGCAGCGGUUCGUAUCCACCGCGACAAACAGCUACCGAGCGUGCCGUCGUCGCUACGCGAAGAGAUGCUUUACAAUCCGUUUUUAAGGGUGCAUGAUGAGACGAUUCGUCAUGCAGUUGGCGGCUCAGACGCAGUCAGCGUUCUGGAAAACCUUCGACGACGCAAGGACUCGUUUACGUAA